AUAUGUCCGUCUUCUGUGGUAACACCAUUGAAAAAGGAUGGAUAAGUAUACACUACUGCGCCUGGCGCGUUCUUCAAAAUCCACCCGUGUUGCGGGCGGUGCUGUGUUGCUGGGAGCAGGUUCUGUUCCUCACAGAGAGACCGUAUUUCUGAGAGGGAGGAAGUGUUGGAGCAUCAGCUUAGAGCCAGUGCAGGAACCAUUGCCAAUGUGAGAGUGGAAGAUUUGGCUUUGACUUUGAGGUACAGAUCAAAGCGGCAUUUUCUGUUGUGUUUGGAAAACGUAGAUUGAGAAGCAGUCUGUUGUGUCCUUGACAUAACAAAACCUCCGCAAAGAUGGCCAAGAUGAUGUCGAUGAAGAUGUCGUCCAUGAAGAUGGCGAAGAUGUCCAUGAAGAAGAUGAGCGGCAUGGUAAUUUUUUCUGGAUGAACGUUGUUUUCCUUGAGUUCCAGUCUGUUUCAAACAUGAAAACUGAAAACUUUCUCUACAUUUGUACCAACAUGUUUCUCCUACAGAAGGAACUUUCCACUUCCAGCAUAUCACUCUUCUUUGUCAAAACCAUUACAGAAGAAGCUCAACGCGUACUUCGUGUUGAUGCUCGCCGCCAAGAAGGCCGGCAAGGCGAGUUUCGUCUACAACGGCAGCACCUACGUGGGCAAGAAGCACGAGAAGCUGGGCAUGAUCUACAAGAAGAAGUAAGCGUGCCUUACGACGAUGACCCAUGA